AUGUGUUUAUUACUUGAAUUACUCACGAUACAUGUAGAUGUUCUCUUUUAUUAUCUGAGAAAGAAAAUAAAAUAUGGUUGUGCUGCAAACAGUAGAUGUACGUCAACUGAUAAUUUUUUUGAUCGGCGUAUUCAAACUCUCUACACAGCAUACAAGAAAAAGCAAGAUGUGUCACUUGUUUCUUUGAAACAUACAGUGGCUAUCUACAUUAAAGGUGGUGCUAUGCGUUGCAAUACGAAUUGGGCUAAUGUUGACGAUGUUCUUUUUCCGAUCAAUUGUGUUAACGAUUGGCAUUGGAUUUUGGCUCGCCUGAAUUUCAAGGAACGAUGCAUCUAUAUCUACAAUUCGUUGAGGUCGGCGCAAUAUGACAGAUCAGCAACUGAAUAUGUUACUUGCUAUAGUGUGUUGCUUCCACUAUUCCUUCAAGCUACCAAUUUUUAUGAUUCUCGAGAUGACAUCGAUACUACUGCCGGUGCUUAUGAGGGAAAGAGAAUAACUGAUCCGUUCAGAAUAGAGAUUGUGGAAAACAUGCCUAUCCAAAAUGAUGUUGAUUGUGGAGUUCAUAUGUUUUCCGCUGCUGAGUUCUUUGUUGAUGGGAAAGUUAUGGGGCAUGAUUAUGAUGUCAAAGAACACCGUGCUCGUUACGCUUCGUCAUUAUAUUUGUAUGCUCGUUGGAAGGAAAGCUCUUCUUGUGUUAGUGAAGAUGAGGGUCCUCUAAAACUCAAGAGAACAUCUGCCUAGGGAGUGAAGAGGAAGCUAAUUUAUGGA